CCUCCCCCUGACCACCAAGCCUGACACUCACUCACAUCUGCUCCUUUCAUUGAGAGACAAGAGCUCCAGAUACCCCCUGCUCCAACGUUCCCUGUCCCCCCAGCCUGCAGCCACUCCGCACCAUGGGGAGCGGUCUCUUCCUCUGCCUGACUCUGUGCCUGGGGCUCUGCUGGGCUCAAGAGACCCCCACCACCAAUUACACCAGGCCGGUGUUUCUGUGCGGCGGAGACAUCACUGGAGAUUCUGGCUACAUUGCCAGCGAGGGAUUCCCUAAUUAUUAUCCUCACAGUAAGAAAUGUGUCUGGAACAUCAAGGUCCCGGAGGAUCAUAUAGUGAUACUGUCCUUCCGUGUGCUGGACAUGGAGUCAGACCCCACCUGCCGCUACGACUAUCUCAACGUGUACAACGGGCGCAGCGAGAGCUCCCAGCGGCUGGCGCGUUUGUGCGGGACAUUCCGCCCCGGUGCUCUCAUGUCUACCGGCCCUGAAAUGAUGCUGGAGAUGGGGACUGAUGAAGGAAGCGGAGGACGGGGCUUCCUAGCCUGGUACAGUGCCGGAGCCCCUCAUCUCAAUGAGAACCUGUUAUGUGGAGGAAAGCUGGAGAAGCCUCAGGGCAGCGUAAUGAGUCCCAACUGGCCAAAAACGAAUUACCCCAGCGGUGUCAGCUGCUCCUGGCAUAUCGUUGCCCCUAAAAACCAGGUGAUCGAGCUCUCGUUUGGGAAGUUUGACAUCGAGGACGACAGUUACUGCCGCUACGAUUACCUGGCCGUGUUUAAUGGCGGACAGACGGACAACAACCAACAGAUCGGGAAGUUCUGCGGAGAUACUCCACCCAAAACCAUCUAUUCCAAUGGCAACGAGAUGCUGGUGCAGUUUGUGUCUGACCUCAGCGUAACAGCCAACGGCUUCGAGGCCACCUACCGGAUGAAGGACAUCUCUGAGGUGCAGAAAAAUCUCCCGGAACUGAAGCCCACCACAAGCAGCGUAUCCGCAAACCGUCCUGCUGGAACAAAAGCACCACAGAAGCCCAAGCCCAUUCCAAAGGCCACAGCUAAGCCCACGCAGAAGGUGACACCGAAACCCACUCAAAAGGCCGCAGCUAAGACCACCCCAAUACCAAAACCCACCCAGAAGGCCACAGCUAAGACCGUCUCAAUACCAAAACCCACGAAAGCUGCAAAACGAAAACUGAAAGCAACAGCAACAGCAGCAGCUGCCGGAGCGACAGGAUCAGCGGGCAAGUGUCCUGAGAAGUGCCGGAAGACUGGAACAUUAGGAAGUCACUUCUGUGCCAAUCAGUUCGUGGUGACCGGCACGGUAAAGUCGCUCGUUAAAGGCGAAGUGGAGAACACUUUGCUGGCCAGCGUCAACAUUAUCGAAACGUACAAGGCUGGAGAUCUGAGCAUCCAAGAAGCUGGGAAUACAAUGAGUGUCCAGAUUGUCAACGAGUGCCCCAGAUGUCCCAUCCUGAAGAAAGGUUCCAGCUACCUGUUCAUGGGGAAGGUGAAUGACGAUGGCCGCGGAAGAAUCGUUGGAGACAGUUUUGUUAUUGCUUACAGAGCUCAACAGCACCAAAUCCUGAAUAACAUUGCCAAGAAACCCUGCUAAUGGCUGCCAUGUCGUCAUGGUGCCAGCACUGCAUAUGGCUGCCAUGGUGCCAGCACUGCUAAUGGCUGCCAUUGUUGUCAUGGUGCCAGAACUCCUAAUGGCUGCCAUUGUUAUCAUGGUGCCAGCACUGCUAAUGGCUGACAUUGUUGUCAUGGUGCCAGCACUGCUAAUGGCUGCCAUGUUGUCAUGGCGCCAACACUGCUUCGGCCUCAUUCCUUAUCUCGCAUAGAUUCUUCAUUGCCUCAGUAGCAUUAAACGGACCACUAAACCUUAAUACGCAUUGUAUUUGAGAGCUACUACUAACAUUCCCCAUCUGCAAGAGCUAUUACACCUAAAUAGACUUCAUAUUAAUGCUUGUGGGGGAAGAAUUUCCCCAUGCACAGCAGACUUCCUGUGAGUCAGCAGACACAGAGGGCAGUAGUAGCCGCUAUUGGACAAAUAACAUGAUUAUGUUGUAUGCAAUCAUGGAGAGUCUCCCGGAAUGUCUGAGAAAGUCUGCGAUUCCCCGGAUGGUGGGAGAAGUGGGUGGGGACGCGGGCGCUUUCUCACGGCUCACCCAGCCUGCCAGAGGGGAGGCCUACAACGUGGGCAAGCACGGUAGAAUGUCAUCUUACCCCUUGUCAGGGCAUGUGAACUCUUCUGGGUUUAGUGGCCUUUAUGUGAAUACAAAAUGGCUGCCGUGGAGAAUGCUUUAGUUUUUUCACCCUUUCCUUACAGGAUGUAAUGGCGCUCAGUUAUUUUAUACAUCAUUGUGUCUCUUAUUCUCCUGGGUAAUUAUAGACCCCCCCACCCUCUCUUCUUCUCAAUUCUACCUCCACCCUGCAUUCUUCCUCUCCUCUUCCCUAUACUUACAUACAUUUUCCAGAGAUGCUAUACCCCUGACUGCUGGGCCACACGUAACAUGGUUCCAGGUCUCUUUACUCCCCUAUAGCAAGCUGUGACUGCAUAGCUAUAUGAACGGGUGCUGAGAAUUACACCCAGUAUACAGGACAGAGGAAGUGGCACUGUGCAGCUGAUCCUACAUAAAUAUUAUAAACAAGUACUUAGAAUUACACCCAGCAUACAGGACAAGAGUAGUGGUACUGUGUAGAUGUUCUUAUUACAUUUAUAGAAUGAAUAGGUGCUGUGAAUUACACCCAAUAUACAGGACAGAGGAAGUGGCACUGUGCAGCUCUUCCUACAUAAAUAUUAUAAACAAGUACUUAGAAUUACUCCCAGCAUACAGGACAAGAGAAGUGGCACUGUGUAGAUUUUCCUACAUGUAUAGAAUGAAUAGGUACUGAGAAUUACACACAGCUUACAGGACAAGAGAAGUGGCACUGUGCAGCUGUUCCUACAUGUAUAGAAUGAAUAGGUACUGAGAAAAACACCCAGCAUACAGGACAAGAGAAGUGGCACUGUGCAGCUUUUCCUACAUGUAUAGAAUGAAUAGGUACUGAGAAUAACACACAGCAUAUAGGACAAGAGAAGUGGCACUGUGCAGCUAUUCCUACAUAUAUAGAAUGAAUAGGUACUGAGAAUUACACACAGUAUACAGGACAAGAGAAGUGGCACUGUGCAGCUGUUCAUAUAGACUACAUUUUUUUUUUAUGACUGUUUUAGAUGCACGCUAUUAAUCUCACACGGCCAGAUUUAGAGAUGGCCGCAAAUCCCUACAGUGCCGCAGCUCUCUUGGCGGGACGGCUCCAUGACCACAGGAGUUUCGCCGCUGUCUCCUAGGACUGUACAUACAGCCGCUUCCCUCCUCCUGGGAUACGAUGGCUCAUACUCAGCACUGAUUCCCCAUCGGUCUUAGAAGAGGAAAAGCCAACACUACCCUGCAGGGUGACACCGGAACCGCCGACUGCUGUACCAUGCUCCAUCCCUCCAUGUUGUCCUAUACUCUAUCCAUAAACAAAAUCUAUUUUACCCCGUAUAACUGCUGUAUAAUAAUCGCGUCCAGCAGUCAGGGCCGCUGCGCACGUACACACAGUCCCUCCCUUUUCUUCCUCUGUCUCUUUCCAUUCACUGGCCUGGAUGUUGGAUAUAAUUAAUCUGUCACUUUUAACAAUAAAAUGCUCCUGUUCCUUUA